CUCAUCACAGGACUUGGAAACAUGCGUGGAGACAAAACUCUUCGCAGAAAACGUCUGUGUCAGCGUCACCACCCUAGCUAUGCAGAGAGGUCACAAAAAAAGGCGACCCCGCAGAACACCAGAACACCCACGCAUCUGUUUGUCCAUCCAUCCAGCUCUGGCUACCCAUUCAGCCGACAUGCAGGCAGGCACGGAGGCAACUAAUCAAUCAUCACGUGACAAAAAACUCUGCCUUUGUUGGUGGUUCGGUUCACGGCUGCCUUUCAUUCAGUUGACGAAAGCGUCGAUGAGGGCGACGUAUGGCUGUCUGCACUUGGGGCACGUGUGGUCGAACUGUUCAGCGGCAUCCUCGUACUGCUGGGCGCACUCGUCACACUGCAGGCAGGCAGGCAGGCAGGCAGGCAGGAACACACACUUGACAGACAGAUGCAGGUGGGUGUCUCUCUCUCUCUCUCUCUGCGUGUAUGUGCUUACGAUGCGACGCACACGGCGCUUUGCCGUGCGGUGCCGCCAGCAGCAGCGGCCGCCGAUGCGUUGUGGAGGAAGCCACGGACGGCCUGCUUGUCGAGGCACAUGCAGCAGGUGGACUGACGGUCCUCUCGCCCAGCACUGUUCGCUGCGGAGGCCUGCUCUUGCUGCAAAGAGGAGAGGAUACACACACAUACAUACAUGGAUCACUCACUGGUGUGUCGUGUCGAUCUGUAUGCCCAGCCCGCCAUCCUCCCCACCUGCUGAAUGAGUGCCAGAAGGGACAUUGUCUCCUCGUCCCUCUCUCUGCCGUUGGACAGAGCCGUCAGCUUGCCUCGCGCACGGGCGAGGAACCGCUCCACCCCUGCCAGCUUGGCAGCGAUGCCCCGCUUGUCGUGGAGGAGGGCGGUGCGGAUGGUACGGCCAUCAGCACCAGCGAGACGACGGUCACUGAGGGUGGCGUCGAUGUCGGCCUGCUCUCUGGCGAGGUUCUCCUGCUCGGUCAUGACCUCGGAGAUGAGAAGGCUCAGCGUAUCGCCGUCGAGGUCGCCAUCCAACAAACUGCAUAGAGUGAGCAUACACACAGGAAGUGAAGAGCUCUGACCGACGGCAGAGAGAGGGACGAUGCACAACCGUGGAGUGAAGUGAACUGUGGUGCCUUCCGCUGACCUCUCCCGGUUGUGGAUCUCGUCGUCGCCGUUCUGCGGCGUACUGCGGCCCUGUGGGACUAAGUUUCCGGCUGCAGCGGCCGAGCUGCCGUCACGGGGGGCACUGCCGGGUCUGUUGAACCUGCAGCGCACACACAUGACAAGAAACACACACAGAGAUGCUGCGAUGGAUGCAUUUCAGUCGUUGCUGCCUGUCCUGCAUGCACACCACACCGUCGCUGCUGGACUUCCUCUCGAGUGUGAGCAAACGAGCAGAACUCCCCGUACGGGCAAUCCUGGC